AUGGAAGAGGCCCCAGAACUAUUGGUGAUAUAUCACACACUUAAUUUGUCUACUCUUAAAGCUGAUUUGGAGGGUAUCGCCGUGAACACGAAUCAGUCUCUGUUAGGUCAGUUACCGAUGCACGCCCACAAGGUGUUUGACAUAAUGUCUAUGUUAGCUUUUCACCCAGAUGAGACUACUUUUGGCUACCUUUCAUGUCGAUAUGCACCAAAAGGACUCGAGAACAAGAUAAUUGAACUACAAGACUUGGAAUUUAGGUUCAGUUUUACUACUAAAUCAAUGUUUAUUUGUGAUGGCUGUUUAGCAGCUAUUCAACUUAUUAACAAUCUCAUCAAAGAUGGUGAAAUAACGCAAGUUCUUUGGGUAUCACAUCUGCAGCUUCAGCUGAAUCUUGAAAGUUCCAUGGUCUGUAAUCCAAUUGGUCUAGAUACUGAAGAACCACUACCAAUAGCAGUUUUCGACUUGACAACCUGUGAAUUGGGUUCUCUUAUAACCCACGUACUGAAGAACCACUCCCGAUCAGGAGCCUCCCCACCUCCUGCUAUUGGUUUACAAAAUCCAUACAAUCCACGUACUUCUCAUGUGAUUAGCAUGAUCACCAGAAAGGACUUGAUAUUUGAGCAGGCCAAUAAUGAUUCAGGUUCUGUGGAGCUCCAUUCAACUAGUGUAAUGUCCCUAUGA